GAGAGUAGAGAGAGAAACAUAGGUGAUUGUAAUCGAGAGGAGAGGAGAGAAGCGAGAGGCUGGGUGGGGUUCCUUUUUUUUUUUCUUUUUCCUACUUCUUUUUAUCUUAUUUCUUAUACGAAGCUGCUUCUUUCCAUGGCGGUGGCGGUGGUGGCGGAGGUCGGGACCCACGCGGAGGCGACUAGGAUUUGAGGGAUCUCCCACCGAAUCCGUGGCUGAGGCAGCUCGGAGAGACGAAUCUGAAGGGGAUCCGCGUCUCUGUUCGAGGCUCGAAGGAGAAUUUUGUAGGAGAAAUCGGAGAGCAACAAGGCGGAGCUCCUCUUCUCUCGUUUUUUGAUUCCUCUCGCGCCUCUCUCUUCUUUCAUCCAUGGGUCGGUUUCCUUCCAUUUAUCCUCUAAUCGAUCUCGGGAAAGGAUUGGGAUAAAUCCUUCCUGGAAAAUCUUUUUCUCACAAAAAGGCAGUGUAGAUAUCAACAUUUAUUGUACUUCAAACAAAGAUGAAUUUGUCCAUCAAAGGUCUGGCAAACAAGGAUGCCAAGUUAAACUCAUCGAACAAAGUUACCACAUUAAAUCCCAAUGCAGCUGAAUUUGUUCCUUCAGCCCUCAGAAAUACAUAUGGAAACACUGAAAGCUCAGAUGCAACCAGGCGGGAUGUUCCGGGCUCUUCUAGAAAAGCAGCCUUAGAUCGUUCAGGAUCUAAUAUUUCAAAUAAUUCAGAUGAUGAAGCACAUCAGUACUGGCGUCGUCAGCUUCCUGAUGAUAUUACUCCUGACUUCACGGUCAUGGGAGGAGAAGAGCUGCAUGGACCUGGGCAUCUCUCACUUGAAGGUAUAUCAAUACAGGAUAGUGUUGGGAUAUCAAGAUUCUCAGCAUCCACUGCCAGCCAGACAUUGCGCAUGCGACAAAAUUUAUCUUCACUUUCUAGCGAUGGUCUCAACCUGGGUGAAAGCAUGGGAUAUUCUAGCUCGGUUUAUGCUGACGAACGUUUGUCAACUGAUUUCAUGACAUCUGCUGACAAUUCCUGGGGUAAACCAUUCAUCAAUGCUGAACAGCAUCAUACCAAUGGAAGGGAUGGGCAUUACUACAAUGGUGAUUCUGGUGCUGUUUCAGUAAACAAUUUAAUAGGUGAUAGUGUAGUGAUCAAGGAUGCUGCCAUCAAUCCCCUAGAGCUUCUGUCAUCAAAGUUUCCUGAUUGUGCAGUGCAGAGCCUUUCUGAUGUUUAUUAUGGAAGUGGAUGUGAUUUGAACUCGACGAUCGAGAUUCUCACUCAACUUGAGGACAAAUGUGGAUCAGAGGAUUUCUUAAGAUGGUGUAGGGGAUUGGCUAAGGUUCUGGUAGAUGGUGGUUUUAAUCAGAAGUCAUUGGCAGCUUCAAGCCUUAGCAUGCUGGAUUUUCCUGCUCUGCCGGUGGCUGGUGCUCAAAAUGGGCUGUCAAAGUAUUCCAGAGAAGAUAUACAGCAGACUUCCAGUACAUAUAGAUCUCCUUCCACUAUCUUUAGAGGUGAUAUAGAUUUUGGUUCGACUGUUAGAAAACUUGCAUCCCAGGAUAGUGGUCAUUGGAGACAUGAGAUUAAUGGUUCUGCUGAUGGUGGUGUGGGCUCAAGUAGAAGCUCUCAACUUUUAGCUGGCUCAUAUGGUCAUGGUAAAAUGGCUUAUGGUGAUAAACUGCAAGGUCUCAGUGCAACUCGGGCAGCUCCAGUUUGGCUCGAAACUGGAGAAGCAGUGGGGGUUUUUCCUUAUAUAUGUAUAUCAAUCAAUGUUGAGAUGACAGCAAAUACAUAUUCAGAGUCAAGGGAGGAUGGCCAUGAUUUUGCGCACCUUCGAAAUACGUACCUUGAACAGGCAAGACAAGCCUUUCUAAUUGGCAACAAGGCUUUAGCAAAGGAACUGAGUCUGAAGGGGCAGUUGUGCAAUAUGCAGAUGAAAGCAACUCAUGAAAAAGCUAAAGAAACAAUUUAUCGACAUAGAAAUCCACUCUCACCUGAGAUCCAGGGCUACAGCCUGGGGCAAGACCAUGUGAUUGACCUACAUGGACUUCAUGUGACGGAAGCCAUACAUGUUCUAAAUUGUGAACUGAGCAUCCUGAGGAGCAGCGCAAGGUCCACUGGGAAGCGACUGUCGGUCAUGGUAUGUGUAGGCACUGGUCACUAUGCCAAGGGCACCCGAACUCCUGCAAGGCUCCCUGCAGCAGUCGAGCAGUACCUGGUGGAGGAAGGUCUUCCGUACACGCAGCCUCGGCCAGGUCUUCUCCGUGUUGUGAUAUAUUGACACCCUGUAAGGUAUACCACACGAAGGUAAAAAAAAAAAAUUAGAAGAAAAAAGAAAGGAUCACACACCUAGAUUCUUGUAUCUGUGUACAUCGGAGGAAGAGAAGCAUAGUCUCUGGCAACAGCAGCUGUAAUAUUAAUAGCACUGGUGGCAUCCAUGUCACAUUUUGUUAGUUCUCUAGCGGAAUUCCGCAAUACUUGCUUCACAUGGUUCUUUGGUUUU